GCUUACCGUUGAGUUACUCCGCAUUUAAAAAUGUGAGGAGACAUUGAGACAAACAGUACUGUACAAAACAAGAAACCUCCUUUUCAAAAUUCUCUUCAAAUAGUACAACUUGGGGAUAAUAUCUCACUAUUUUCUGCAAAUUACUGAUGAAAAGCUUAGACCUUUAAAAAGAAAAGACUAUUAUAAAUGGUGAACUCUCCUCAUUCACUGAGUCAACUCGCUCUGUUCUUGAUACUAGUGCUAUGCUGCUGCUUAACAUCUUCUUCAGUGGCUGCUGCUAGGCCUGGCUUCCUCUUCACUAGACACAGAGGAAGAUGCACUCCUCAGUACUGGAGCACAAGGAGGGAAGAAUGGCCAAAGAUGGUCCCACAAAGAUCAACGGUGUCAAAGGUGUUUGGAUCAAGGGUAAUCGAACGGUUCAGAUCUGAUAUGACGAUGUUGGAAGCAGCAACACGAAACGACGACGUUGAGAAUGCUUAUGCAAGAUUAUUGAAGCAGUCAAGUGCAGCCUUGUUGAACUCUUAUUCUAGAUUGGGCUACCCUUAUAAGGCCUGGGAGGUGAAAACUCUUCUUUUACAGGGCCUAUUCUCUGAGAAUGAUGCAGCCCAACAGGCCCAAAUACUUAAGAAGGCUAAUGAAGCUUGUAAUUAAAGCUUUACGUAGUAGACUAGUAGUAGAAGAAGGUAGUACUCCUUUCGUUUCUAAAAAAAAAUUGUGUCUUGUACGCUUUUACUCACGUACAAGGAUUAGUCAAUGACACUUUCUAAUUACUAAAUUAUAGCUUUUUUUUUUUUUUUUUUGUUUUGUUUUGUUUUGUUUUACUAAACUGUAGCUUGUACAAAAUGAAUGAAGUGAAUUUCAUGUUAUAAGGUCAGGCUAGGCAAUGAGGUAAUGUGGGAGCCUAAAAGUAUGAUGCAAAUACUAAUAGGAUGAGAUCCUUUUGUGUA